CUGAACUUUUCCCUCUUCCUCCGUCCUCACCUUCUCCUUCCCACCUCUUCUCUCUCCCUCUCCCUCCCCCUCCUCCCCUCCCCCUUUCACUUCCCUUCCCUUUUUUCUCUGCGCAUCAGGUAGACGACUUCUCCUUCGUUCCUCUCGUCUCCCUUCUAUCUUUUUCUCCCUCAACAUGUCUGCCGUUCUCCCCGUUGCCGUCUACGCCCUCCGGGUGCCCGCCGGUGGUGCCCUCAUCCCCGCCGUCCCCGAGGCCUCUGCCAUGUUCCGCAUCAGCAUGGCCGCCAUUGACCCCGAUGAGGCCCCCGAGUACGAGGACGGCUACGACUCCAACAAGCGCCCCCGCGCCACCCUGAAGCUCGUGCGCGCCCCCGAGGGCCUCGACCUCGACGACGAGGAUGAUGAGGACUGGGAGGACGACGACGAGGAGGACUCCGACGACGAGGAGGUCAACGGUGGCCCCAGCGACAAGGAGAAGGCCCGCAAGCUGGCCGCCGCUCGCAAGCUGGCCGACGCCAUGGACGAGGACGACGAGGACGACGAGGAUGAGGAUGAUGACAGUGACUUCGACCUGAAGGCCGCCAUCUCCAAGCUCAUCAAGGGCAAGGGCCCCGCCACCGACGACGACUCCGAUGCCGACUCCGACGAGGGCCUCGAGCUCGAAGAGACCGUCAUCUGCUCCCUGGACCCCGAGAAGAACUGCCAGCAGACCCUCGACAUCACUGUCAGCGAGGGAGAGCGCGUCUUCUUCAAGGUUACUGGUACCCACACCAUCUUCCUGACCGGUAACUACGUCAUGCCCCUCGACGAGCCCCGCGACGACGACUCCGAGGAUGAGGAUGACGAGGACUACGACCUCCCCCCCGGUGUCGACGAGCUGGACCUGGACGAGCUCAUGGGUGAGGACGACGAGAGUGACGACCUGGACGACCUGGAAGACCCCCGCAUCACCGAGGUCGAGAGCGAGGACGAGGCCCCCAAGCUGGUCGAGCCCAAGGGCAAGAACAAGCGCGCCGCCGAGGCCGAGAAGGCCGCCGCCGAGCCCGCCCUCAGCAAGAAGCAGCAGAAGAAGCUGAAGAAGAACAACGGCGAGGCCGCCGCCGUCGAGGAGAAGAAGGACGCCAAGGAGGGCAAGGAGGCCAAGGAGGCCAAGAAGGUUCAGUUCGCCAAGAACCUCGAGCAGGGCCCGACCCCUUCGGCUCCCAAGACUGCCGAGAAGACCACCGGCACCCUGGGUGUCAAGGAGGUCAAGGGCGUCAAGCUCGACGACAAGAAGCUCGGCCAGGGUGUAGCUUGCAAGGCCGGCAACACCGUCGCCAUGCGCUACAUCGGCAAGCUGGAGGACGGCAAGGUGUUUGACUCCAACAAGAAGGGCAAGCCCUUCACCUUCAAGCUCGGCAAGGGCGAGGUCAUCAAGGGCUGGGACAUCGGUGUGGCCGGCAUGGCCGUGGGCGGCGAGCGCCGCAUCAGCAUCCCCCCCCACCUCGCGUACGGCAAGCGUGCCCUGCCCGGCAUCCCCGGCAACUCCAAGCUGAUCUUCGACCCGUCGAUGCAUCUGGCAGGGAUGAGGAUAUCGCACGCGAUGCAAGCAUCUUUGUCUAAUGAAAACUAUAACUACAAGAGCAGUCGGAUCCGCGAACGGAUUCGGCAGCGUAGUUCGCGGAUUCUAUCGUUAUUGGGGUUGAGGGGGGCGGGAGGUGAGAGUUUUGCUGCUUAUACCAGCAGAACAGUCACGCCGCGAGAGCACGACGGCCCACCCGCCAGCGACAGCUCGUUCCAUUCCUUUCCGGCGGAGAAUCGAGUCCCAUCUGGCAGCACAGCCAUCGAGUCAGAGAUUGCCCCCCACCAGGAGAGCAAUCCCGCCCAACUGUCUGCGCCAUGUCCGGAACCAGAUAUCCGCAAGUCAGACCUGCACAGCAAACUGGCUGCCGGGAUGAAACGCAGCCAGUCGACGCCGGCAGCGCUCACGAACAUCGUGUCCACGAAGCUGUCGACCACGUUUGGGAGCCCGACGGUCAUCCGGCGGUCACAUCUGAGAGCGGCGCCGAAUAUCCAGACGGUGCAGUUCCAGUCGCUCGCGCAGGGGCUGAACAAGGAGGGCGACAAUACGAAUGACAGUGAGGAUCCGGAGACGUCGCCGGAUAGUGGCUCGCCGGUGAGUACGCGGUCGACGCCGCCCACCUCGGAGGAUCCGUCGAGUUGCUCGAAGCAGAUCAACAGCCCGUUGGGACGGGAUAGGGCUGGGGGCAAGUCGCUGGUGUCGAAGGGGUGGGGGUCGUCGUCGUCGUCGUCGUCGGCUGCCACGCCCUCGGUGGUGACGGUGGAGGCGACGACGAAUGCCAAGGUGUUCUUUGAGACGUAUUUCAAUGCCGUCUUCUGCGGGGGAGAUGCUCGAUCGCAGCGACGGCAGGAGCUGGAGCAGUACCUCUAUGGGCUGCCUCUCAGCCCGGAGGAGAGGGCGCGCAUCUGGGACAACUGGGUCACGCAGGAGCGGCACUAUCUGCGGCAGUGCCGGGUGCUGAAGAGCCGGUCGCACAGUGAGCGGCACGAGGAGACGGUGUCGCUGGCGGGGUUUGAGGUGCUGAAGGUGCUGGGGCGAGGCAGCUUCGGGGUGGUGCGUCUGGUGAAGGAGAAGCGCGGGGAUGAAGCGAUUCAGGGCUUUCAGGGCUUUCAGGGCUCGGAUGACAAGCUGUCGCGCUGGAAGAACGAGGCCACGCACGUCCGCUCCCACGCCCUGGAAUCGCUCUGGGCCAAGGGCACGCGGCGGCGCAUGAUGACGGGCGUCAAGAAGGACGUGUUUGCCAUGAAGGUGAUCCGCAAGUCGGCCAUGAUCCGCAACAGCCAGGAGGGCCAUCUCAGGGCCGAGCGAGACUUCCUGGUGGCCUCGGCCAAGUCGCGCUGGGUCGUGCCUCUGAUCGCCAGCUUCCAGGACUGCAACCACCUGUAUCUGAUCAUGGACUACAUGGUCGGCGGCGACUUCCUGGGCCUGCUGAUGCGCCGCAACAUCCUGCCCGAGAAUGUGGCGCGCUGGUACGUGGCCGAGAUGAUUCUGUGCGUCGAGGAGGCCCAUCGCCUGAGCUGGAUCCAUCGCGACGUCAAGCCCGACAACUUCCUCAUCUCGGCCUCGGGCCAUCUCAAGAUCUCCGACUUUGGCCUGGCCUUUGACGGCCACUGGGCCCACGACCAGGUCUACUACAAUGACCACCGCUACUCCUUGCUCAGACGCCUGGGCAUCCACGUCGAGGGUGACGCCCUCGACCGCAACGAGGCCAACCCCCCCGCCGGCGACCAGGAGGCUGCCCAGGGCUUCACCUGGACGCCCCCGGCCGUCGGGCUGCUGGGAUGGCGAGAUCGCACGCAGAAACGGCGGCUGGCGGGCAGUGUCGUCGGCACCAACCAGUACAUGGCCCCCGAGGUCAUUCGUGGCGAGUUGUAUGAUGGGCGAUGCGACUGGUGGAGUGUGGGCAUCAUCCUCUACGAGUGCCUCUAUGGCUUCACGCCCUUUGCCUCGGAGGAUCGGCAGAAGACGAAGCUGAAGAUCCACCAUCACAUUCGCACCCUCUACUUCCCCACCCACCGGCCGACUGACAAGCUCGUCUCCGCCGAGGCCGUCGACCUGAUCAACCACCUGCUGCAGGAGAAGGAGCAGCGGCUGUGCUCGAGCAAGUACCGCGUGAACGACUCGGUCAACUGCCGCCUGGCCUCCAAGCAUCUCUUCUACAGCAUCGACCCGCGCAGCCGGAACUACCGCGGCUUCUACGUCUAUCCCAACGAUGCCACCGACAUCAAGAACCACCCCUUCUUCCGCCCCAUCGACUGGGACGAGAUCCACCAGGCCAUGCCCCCCUUCAUCCCCAAGGUCAAGGGCUGGGAGGACACCCGCUACUUCGACGACGCCGGCUACGAGCACGAGCACGAGGACGUCACCGCGCCCUCGGACGGCGACCACCCCGAGGACGACAGCGCGGAGCCUGCGGAGCCUGCCCCUGCGCAGGACCAGGGCGAGCCGCCCCAGUACGACGACAUCGUCAGCCAGCCCCCGCCCAAGAACCGCCGUCGCGGCAAGGACAAGAAGCGGCCCCGGGAUAAGCUGCUGCGGGACCGGAAGGUGCGCAAGACCGUCCUCGAGAUGCGCAAGAGGGGGGCGUUCUUGGGGUACACGUACCGUCGCCCCCAGGCUGUGGCGAUGGCUCUGGCGCCGGAUCGGGGGAGGGCUGUCUUGCCGCGCGGGCAUCUGUCGGAUCUGUAUGGAUGA